CGGUGAGCGACAGGAGGAAGCAAAAGCAGCAAAGUGGCAGCAGAAAAAGACAGAUAGCAAGACGGCGGAAGCUCUUAGAAGACGUUUUAGCAAAGUAGUAGACUGAGUGCAAGAUGCAAACAGUACGGCAGUGCUCAGCGUGUGCCAGCCGGGCCGCAGGAGGACUUUUGAGGUCGCAGGCAGAUGUUUUGGUGCUGCAGAGCGACAAGAGCAUCCCCAGGAGGGGAGCAUCUUGCAGCCGCUUCCUCGGUUUCUUCAUCAGCAGCAGAAAGGCCGCAAACAGGAACACGAUGCAGUGGAAGGACGCUGCACACACGAGCACAGCGUCGUUGAGUUUGAGCCCGUCUAUGCAGAGAGCAGAGCACCUUACUUACUGCUCCCUGAUCAGAAGAGCGGCCUCUCUGGUCACCGACAGCACGAGCACCCUCCUCUCGCAGAGCACCAUGGCUCUCAUCGAUGCCUCUGCCAGCUAUACAAAGGCUGUGCACACACGGAUUGCCUUGCAGAGACGUUAUCUGGUCUCACUGGGAAAGCUGAGCCCUGCCGAGGAAGAUUCGCUCCAGCAGGCCAUCUUCAGACAAAAGGCAGAGGUCAGCGAGCAGCUCUCUGAAUGUAAACGCUCGGAGACAACUUGGAUCAAAGCGGUCAACUUGUGCAAAAUGGCAGCGGAGGCGGCGUACGCUUCAGGAGCCGAGCAGGCGUCCAUCACGCUAAGGGCCAACAUCCAGCUGGCCCAAUCCCAUGUGGACGAGGCCCGGAAACUGUCAGCGGAGGCGGAUAAGAAGCUGGCCGAGACCAAAGUAGAAGAGAUCCAAAGGAUGGCCGAGUACGCCUCCUCCUUGGAGGACUGCGGGGAACACCAGAUCCAUGAGGCUUAUUUACGAGAGGACUAAGAUGGAAGAAUACGUCCAUCUCGUAAUCAAAGCAACAAUAUUUGCAUUUUGGCUUCAUAUGAAUGACAAUAUGUAAUCCUUCUUGCAUUGAUCAUUAUUUAAGACUAUUUAUUUGAUGAAUAAAUGCGUUUUGAGCUACGUGGUAAACAAAGAAGAUAACCUGACUUUAUUAAAAUGAUAUGUGCUGUUAUGUCAUGAAUGAAAUACGCCUGUGACUUUGUGUUCUUGACUAUCAAACAUCUUGAUGACAUUUUGUGUAGUUUUCUUGAAAUAAAUCGUUAGUUUUGUACGUACCGUUUCCUCUUUUCAUUGUUCAAAUGUCAUCAUAAAAAAUAAAAACGUCUGUAUUUGAAUGGAAUGUCAUUGACAUGACGCUGUUUUGUUUGUUUGCUUGUACAGUCGUCAGCAGCAGCUAAGAGAGACUCAAAGGGGGACGUGAUAUUGUGUUGAUGGUGACCCAUGUGGAUUUGAACGUGAAAGACC